UGUGCGUUGACAUUUACACGAUGCAGCAAAAAAGUGACGCAAGACAGUAAAAUAUACUCCACCGUAUUAUUACGUACAGGAAUUUAAGUUUUAUCGCAACUUUUCAUUGGCUUUGAAUCGAAUUUGUUCGGAAUAUUUUCGGUGGAAAAAGGUGAUCCGUUUGCGAUUGAAAAUUGAAACGAAUUGAAAAAAAAUGCCGAAAAUAAAGCGGGAAUCACGUCAAUUUAUCGUGAUUAAUGAGGAAAAACUCAUUAGUGAAGUGGAGAAACGAUCCAUUCUGUACGAUAAAGCAUUGAAAGGCUACCGAAAGCCAGCAAUUCGAGAAACAGCCUGGCAAGAGGUGGCAGUCGCAUUGGAAAGUACUGUCGAUGAAUGUAAGAAACGUUGGCGAUCGCUUCGAGAUGCAUUCAUGAAACAGUACAAAUUGUACAGUCGCGGCGAUACAAACUCCAAAAAACGAUGGCUAUUCUAUGAACAAAUGGAAUUUCUCGGUCCAUAUUUUGACAAUAACGACGAUAAGUAUGAUGGUGAUGACUAUAUUGAAACAAUUAACACAGACGGUGAAUCGAUCGACAAGAAUAGCUUAAAUCAAAUUGUAUGUAUAAACAGUGAUGGCGAGUAUCCGACGCAGAUCGAAGUGGACGAAUACAAUGAGGAACAAUUAGAAGAAGAUGCUCUCGAUACAACGCAAUACACAACCGUCACCAGUAAAAAGGGAGAGAAUAGCGUUUAUUACAUAAGCGCACCCACCAGCCAUUCGUCCAUAAACAACGAUUCACAACUUCAAUCGCCGACACGUCAACAAACAAAAGUUUUAACACAAACAAAUACAAACACCUCGAAUAAUAAUGAUCCAGAUGAACGAUUUUUGCUCAGCUGUUUACCCAUUUUGAAACGUUUACCGAACAAAAAGAACGCAUUGGCACGCUUGAGAAUCCAACAACUGUUAUUCGAAAUUGAAUUCGAGGAUUACGAAGUUAGUGGCCAGUAGUAUUAAGCCAAAGCGCGCAUCAGGGCUAUUUUUAUUCUCUUUUUCUAUGUAUAUAAUCAUAGGUAUAUAUAAUUUAAAUUUUUUGUGUGUCUUCUUGCUGAAUAGAAAUAAACGAGUCUUUAAACAA